AUGGAACAAGAAAAAUAUUGGAGAGCAGAUACAACGAUAAAUCCAAGCGUAAAUAAUCUGAUUCGAUCGAUAUCAUCGAAUGCUGAUUUGGUGUUGGUGAAUUUACCGAGGGCACGACAAGAGGCAACAACCGCAUCCAGAUUAUUGCUGUCGCUGGACGUGAUCGGAGAUCAUUUGCCGAGAUUGAUCGCCUUUAGAGCACCAAUCAAGAUCACGUUCUAA